AUGAGUCAUCCUUUUUCGUGCAUUCCACCGGCAUUCCUUGAUUUAUUACACGUAGAAUACCCUUUUGCCUUUGGUAACUACGCGAUGUUUAUGAGGAGCAUCCGAGAAGGUAUGGUGCACUUGCAUAGUUCCUUGGAGGAGAAUAAUCCUUACCGGGAUGGUUUGCCGUCCUCUUUCAAUAUCUUCGUCAGCAUUAAAAUAGAUCUUUGCAUAGGUAGAUACAGGAUAGAGUUAAUUACACAAGCUACAUUUCCCGGUGCUUUGAGGGUGAUAAAAGAAGCUUUCUGUCAAGAUGAAGCGGCAGCAGUAGGGUCAGAAGUUAAUAAAAAUCCUGUGGCAGCUGAAGAACUAAUGGAGCUGUGCGCCGACGCAGCCUUGGACGGAGCGUCAUUAGUUGCUGUGGACGUGAAAACAAAAGAAGUCGCGGCUGCCGUUUUUAACAAAAUACAGGUCAAAACGUCGGAUGCGUCAGAAAAAACAUUCUUCGAAAUAUUCGCCGAAAAGCGAUGUACUCAGGCAUCAUCGCGCUCACUUAUACAAUUUAUGGUCGACGUGGAUGAAAGGUGUAAUUUAUUUGAAAAAUACAAAGUCGACUGUAGUCUUGAAAUAAUGUUCAUUGCGACACUCCGUGAGCACAGAAGACAAAAAUUAGCUACGGAAUUAAUUAAAAAUUCAAUAGAAAUAGCGAGAAGAAUAAAAGAUGGUUCGAUUGCUCCAAUGAAAGUUGAAGACCUUGGUCCUAAAUAUUCCCACUUAAACAAUCCUAAACCUCUUAACACAUAUCCUAAAAUCUGUCAAGCGAUUUGGACGGGUAAAGGUACCCAAGCGAUUGGAAAACUUUUAAAUUUUAAGGUACAUUUGACGGUACCUUUUUCAGAAUUCGUGUUUAAUGGAAAAACUUAUUCUGAACGAAUUGGAGAUGAAGCUGCAUUUUGCGAAGUUGUGGCACUAUCUUUGUAAUAACUUGUAAAUUAGAAAUUUUUAGUUAAUCAAAAAUUUAUUUUGGGGUUUCUUAUCCGCAAUUAUUGAGAGUUUCGCAUUGAGUUUGACUAUAUAUGUAACUAGCUGUGCCUGCGACUUCGUCUGCCUGGAAUUUAACAAAAAAGUUAUUGUUCAGUUCGCAG